CGCGGAAUGGGGCCGGCGCUGCUCGGGGUCGCGCGCCCGAGACCCGGCUCGCGCUCGGUCUCGCGCUGUCAGCGACUGUCCAGCUCGCGCCGCCUCGCGCUCUCCCUCAGUCACUGGCGCCGGAGGCUCCGUUAAGCGGCGGGGUGGUUCCUGUUUCCGUUUCUUCCUCUCCCUUCAGUCGGUAGUAGCAUCCUCCACCCAGCCACCUCUCCCACUCCCCUCGCGGAGGGCAGCUGCGGCUGCGGCUGUGGCGGCGGCGACCCGGGAACAGCGGAGACCGCCUCUGCUCCCGCCUCGGAUCACAGCUUUUGCUAAGAGAGCUCUCUUGACACAAGACAACAUGCUCUGUUGCCCUUAUUGAUUAAUUGAACAAAUUCAGUUGAUUAUUUCAGUGACCCAGAUUCAAGCAAUAAUAUCUUUCUUUGGAAAUAUCAUGUGGUUUUGUCAGCAUCUUAUAUUCUAGGAGAAGAAAGCAUAGAGUCCAUGAAGCACAGGACAAUAAAGCUUCCUACUCAUACCAGAAGACCUCUUUGAAAGAUUCACCACAGCACUACCAGAGACACUAAUUUGUCUGAAUCAUCAUGUGUUGAAACAGCAGAAGGCUACUACCUUUGCACUAACAGGAAACAGUUAAGAUGUUUGUGAUUCUUUGAGCUCCAGAAAGCUAGGGGAGUGAGUAGAAAAUCUGAAAAUGCGGCCAUGGACUGGUUCCUGGCGUUGGAUUAUGCUCAUUCUUUUUGCCUGGGGGACCUUGCUGUUUUAUAUAGGUGGUCAUUUGGUACGAGAUAAUGACCACCCUGAUCACUCUAGCCGAGAACUGUCCAAGAUUCUGGCAAAGCUUGAACGCUUAAAACAGCAAAAUGAAGAUCUGAGGCGAAUGGCUGAAUCUCUCCGGAUACCAGAAGGCCCCAUUGAUCAGGGGCCAGCUUCUGGAAGGAUUCGUGCUUUAGAAGAGCAGCUUGUGAAGGCCAAAGAGCAAAUUGAAAAUUAUAAGAAACAAACUAGAAAUGGUCUGGGGAAGGAUCAUGAAAUUCUGAGGAGGAGGAUUGAAAAUGGAGCUAAAGAGCUCUGGUUUUUUCUACAAAGUGAAUUGAAGAAAUUAAAGAAUUUAGAAGGAAAUGAACUCCAAAGACAUGUGGAUGAAUUUCUGUCAGAUUUGGGACAUCAUGAAAGGUCCAUAAUGACGGAUCUAUACUACCUCAGUCAAACAGAUGGAGCAGGUGAUUGGCGGGAAAAAGAGGCCAAAGAUUUGACAGAACUGGUCCAGCGGAGAAUAACAUAUCUUCAGAAUCCCAAGGACUGCAGCAAAGCCAAGAAGCUAGUGUGUAAUAUCAACAAAGGCUGUGGCUACGGCUGUCAACUCCAUCAUGUGGUCUACUGCUUCAUGAUUGCAUAUGGCACCCAGCGAACACUGAUCUUGGAGUCUCAGAAUUGGCGUUAUGCUACUGGUGGGUGGGAAACUGUGUUUAGACCUGUAAGUGAGACCUGCACAGACCGAUAUGGCAUCUCCACAGGACACUGGUCAGGUGAAAUAAAGGACAAAAAUGUUCAGGUGGUGGAGCUCCCCAUUGUGGACAGUCUUCAUCCUCGUCCUCCAUAUUUACCCCUGGCUGUACCAGAAGACCUUGCAGAUCGACUUGUUCGAGUUCAUGGUGACCCUGCAGUGUGGUGGGUGUCGCAGUUUGUCAAAUACUUGAUCCGCCCACAACCUUGGCUGGAAAAGGAGAUAGAAGAGGCCACCAAGAAGCUUGGCUUCAAACAUCCAGUUAUUGGAGUCCAUGUCAGACGCACAGACAAGGUGGGAACAGAAGCUGCCUUCCAUCCCAUUGAGGAGUACAUGGUGCACGUUGAAGAACAUUUUCAGCUUCUCGCUCGCAGGAUGCAAGUGGAUAAAAAAAGAGUGUAUUUGGCCACAGAUGACCCUUCUUUAUUAAAGGAGGCAAAAACAAAGUACCCCAGUUAUGAAUUUAUUAGUGAUAACUCUAUCUCUUGGUCAGCUGGACUACACAAUCGAUACACGGAAAAUUCACUUAGGGGUGUGAUUCUGGAUAUACACUUUCUCUCCCAGGCAGACUUCCUAGUGUGUACUUUUUCAUCCCAGGUCUGUCGAGUCGCUUAUGAAAUCAUGCAAACACUGCAUCCUGAUGCCUCUGCAAACUUCCAUUCUUUGGAUGACAUCUACUAUUUUGGGGGCCAAAAUGCCCACAACCAGAUUGCCAUUUAUCCUCACCAGCCUCGAACUGCAGAUGAAAUUCCCAUGGAACCUGGAGAUAUCAUUGGUGUGGCUGGAAAUCAUUGGGAUGGCUAUUCUAAAGGUGUCAACAGGAAACUGGGAAGGACGGGCUUGUAUCCCUCCUACAAAGUCCGAGAGAAGAUAGAGACAGUCAAGUACCCCACAUAUCCUGAAGCCGAGAAAUAAAGCUUAAGAUGGAGGAGAAGGACAACUAAACUCAGUUCAAACUAUUUGAGCCAAACAGUAGAUGAAGAAGGCCCUGUCCUAACAACACAUGGUUGAAUGAGUAGACACCCUCAGCAUCAGGAGCAGCUGAGAACUGACAGAUGUUUUGUUGGUGAAAUUUCUCUUUAACAAGGGCUACAAUGCCCAAAACCCCUGCACAGUCGAAUAAUGUACUCACAUAUAACAUGCAAGCAGGUGGUUUUCGACUUUGCCUCUUCUUUCAAGAUUAUGUCUCCAUGAGAAAAACACUGCCACAUUGUAAUUUAAGUGACACAGACAUUUGUGUGAGACUUCAAACAUGGUGCCUAUCUCUGAGAGACCUGAUGAGAAGACUUGAAUAGCUCCCCGCUGUGGGGAGGUGGAUUCUUAGCCAGUGGUGGUAAUGCAACCACUGAAUUCACUCCAGUCAGCAGAUUCAGAAUGAGAAUGGAUGUUCUUGUCUGGAAUUUUUUUUAAGUAAUUACAUCAGUUCAUCCACCUCAUCUUUAAUAAGUGAAGGAGAUACAUUGAAAUAAAAUAUUCUCAUUCCAUUAGGAACUUUUGUAAAAUGAUGCCAUGAACAGAUUCUUUAGUACUCAAUGUUUCUGGCCAUUCUCUUUGAUAACAAAAAAUAAAUUUUAAAAAGAAA